AUUUCAGAGCUCCAAGUCAGCACUUCCACCAUGGCGACUAGCAGCACCAUGGCCUUAUCCUCCCUCGCUCCACCGCAAACGCUCCACAUCACCAGCUCCCACCACCCUCCCAAUUCCCCCCUCAAAGUCUUCUCUUUUCCAACCAGAUCACCACAACAGAAUUGUCAUCCUAAGAGCAUCCUCUCAACUUCACCACCUUCUUUUACUUGGCUGCCAUCUCAAAAGUGGAGAACCUAUAUUUCUUUCAUCCCAGCUUUCUUCAAAAACAAGACCAAAGAUGCAAAGGCCAUCAAAGAAGAACUUCUUGAAGCCAUUGCACCUCUUGAUCGUGGGGCAGAGGCCACUCCUGAAGACCAGCAAAGCAUUGAUCAGAUUACUCGAAAACUAGAAGCAGUAAGUCCAAUAAAGGAGCCAUUGAAGUCUGAUUUACUGAAUGGCAAAUGGGAACUCAUAUACACAACUUCCCAGUCUAUUUUGCAAACCGAGAGGCCCAAGAUCUUAAGGUCUAAAACGAAUUAUCAAGCGAUAAACGUGGAUACACUUCGGGCUCAAAAUAUGGAAUCAUGUCCAUUCUUCAAUCAGGUUACUGCAGAUUUAACACCUCUAAAUGCAAGGAAGGUGGCUGUAAAAUUUGAUUACUUUAAAAUUGCUGGACUGAUACCCGUCAAAGCUCCUGGAAGAGCUAGAGGUGAACUAGAGAUUACAUACUUGGAUGAAGCGCUUAGAGUAUCGAGAGGUGAUCUGGGGAACCUGUUCAUCUUGAAGAUGGUUGAUCCGUCCUAUAGGGUACCUACCUGAGCUAAAAUCUAUCAGAAGCAACAGGACAGACGAGUUCUAAACUGAUUCUUAUACCAAGAAGCGAGAAUAGAAUAAUAUCUGAGUGUACUAUUGCUUACUUUUCCAUAUCCAGAAUACUUGGCCUUGAGAUGUGCAAUAUUGUAAACUUCAUAACGUGGCAUACCAUAGACUAGAGCGGCAUCCAUGCACAAUGUACAUACAUUACAGUCUCAAGAGUACAAAGCUAAUUAUUAUUCAUCAAAUGCUUAUACAAAUGAUUAUCGCA